CUUCAACCCUCGUUUGACUUGGCUAAGCCAACGCCUUCUCGUACUAGUUCCCAUCGCCCUCUUUUGCUUAAGUGUAUCACAGCCAAGGGCUUGACGACGCCAAGCGUCAUGGCUGCCAGUGAACUGGAGCGGUUCCAUUGCGGGUAUUGUUCAGCCGACUUUCCGUCUAAGGUGUUGCUCGAGAGACAUAUCGACUUCUUUCGGAAGAGAGGCGAGGAGGCGGAGGAAUGCCGCGCUCACGCAAGCAACGGCGAGUUGGUGAUGGAAACAGAGGAUAUGGAGCCCUCAUUCCUCUUAUAUCCGCACGUCGAAUGUCCAUCACCAAAUUGCCGGAAGGGAUCUUCGGAGAACGGCAUAAUCGUUCGGACACAUUUCCUCGUGCAUAUUGACUGCGACGAGAUAUGCCUGGAUUGUCACAAGCACGUUUCUACCAACGCAUAUCAGUUCUUCAGGCAUGCAAUCAAAUGCCGGGGCAAGACACCGGAGAGACAACGCUACAUUCUUGACGUCAAAAAGUCCCUCUCUGUACGCCGGGAUAAACAACUACUCAAUAUGUUACAACAUGAUCCAAAGGCAGUUUAUAGCCGAAGGCUGAGCAAACGUAAACACCUCGAAGGCGAACAGUCCUCCUCCACACGGCAACUUCGAGACGGACCGAAACGAAACGGGGAGAGGGAGAUCAACGGCAGACAAGAUACGGAAGAACAGCAUGCGGCAGCCACAUUGUCAUCGCCAGCGGCUGAACCCACUGGCACAAUCGCAACAGAGGCGCCAGUGAUCAGCGAUGCUGCAGUCAUACACAGAAACAAGGCCAGCGAUCCGACAACCCAUGCACGUGCCGCACAGCUUCAGCCGUCCGAUGAACCGCAACGAUGGAUGCGAUCAAAGAUAUUGGCACACAUGGAGUCCAAGCUUGGGAGACUGGAUGAUCGCGCGCAGGAUUACGUUCAACAACUAACCCCACAACAGCUUCAAGAUUUGUUCAACGUCAUUUACAACGAUAUGGGAUUGCUCUAUCGUGAUUUAGAGAAAGCCGUCUCAGAGAUCCUGCUCUGUCUGUACAGCUCGAGGACCUACCGCGCGGAACGUGACAUGCAAACUACUCGAUCCUCAUGCAUGACUGUCGACGUCGACUUGAAAGGAGACUAUGAAGUCAAGAUCAAAGUGGGAAGAGUGCAUGGUUUGCUUUUUAUCAGACAGUAUAACAUCCUGAUGCAUUGUCUGUUUGCAGUGGAAGAGCUACAGUCCGAAGUAGGCCCAACCACAAUUUUUCGAGAAUGAGAACAGACUAGCCAGCGUUCUUGAAUUUAAAUCGCAU